CCAAUCCUUAAAAAUCAUUACAUCUUUCACCGAUUUCACUACACUGCUCAAAAAAAUGGCGAAUACCCAACUCAAAUCUGAUGCAAUCAUGGACAUGAUGAAGGAACAUCUCUCUUCCGACGCCGGGAAAGAUCUCACUCAGAAGAUCGGUCUUGUUUAUCAGAUUAACAUUGCUCCAAAGAAAUUAGGGUUUGAAGAGGUUACUUACAUCGUUGAUCUGAAGAAAGGCGAAGUCACCAAAGGGAAAUAUGAAGGAGGGAAAGUGGAUGCGACGUUUUCCUUCAAGGAUGAUGAUUUUGUCAAAGUUGCUACUGGGAAGAUGAAUCCUCAGAUUGCUUUCAUCAGGGGUGCGAUGAAGAUCAAGGGUAGUCUCAGUGCUGCACAGAAAUUCACCCCCGACAUCUUCCCAAAGCCUUCGAAGUUGUGAACACCUAAAAGAAUGGUAUUGCAGCAAACCCUAAACUCAAGCUCAAUUUAUGUCUUCAAAGGGGUUGGCUUUUUAGUAGAACUAGUCAGAAAUAAAGUUCUCUUCAAGUAUCUUUGUAUUCUCUUUAUCUUUGGAACAAAAAUUGGUAUUGGGUUUUAAUAAUAUGAAUCUUUUCUC